UUAAGGAGCGCAACACGAACGAGCCCUACUUAUUCCCCAGAGGCCGGAAAGAGCAAGGUGAAAGAGGCGGAGAGGGAGAGGGAGAGGGAGAGGGAGAGGGGGGGCGAUGAACGUGGACGAAGAAGUAGGGCGGCUAAAGGAAGAGAUCCAGCGAUUGGGUCAGUCCCAGCCUGAUGGCUCUUUUAAGGUAGUGUCGUCAGCUAAGAAAUUUAAAAUUAGUGGCAUUGAUCCAGUUCUGGAAGAGAAGUUAGACAUGUUCAGUAGGGUUGUCUCAAUGAGCCCUCAUUCUUUCACCCCAAGCGAGCAGGGGUUUAUCAGCUUACCAGAGGUCAUGGGAACCGAGUAGGUAAGUGACUCAGGAGAAGGCCCCAGCCAAAUCCACAGGGAUGUUGAAUCCAUGUGCGAGUCAAAGCGGCCCAAGGUGAAGAAAAGGAAAAAAGGAGCCAUAUUUAUCAGAGACAUAAUAAUAAAAUUUGUUGAAUCCUGCACAGUUAAGCCUGGUGCCUCACAGGACGCAUUCAUUGACGACUGUUUUCGAAUGCUAGAUACAUAUCCUGAAGUUAAGACGAAAAAGAGCUUUAUGUAAAUUUUGUGAAGUUGUUGGAGGACCCAACCCACAGACAGUUUUUCAUGAAUAUAGAUUCAAAAUUUCGAGUCAAUUAAUUACGCUCUUUCAUGAAUAAAUGACUGUUUUAAGUCAUUAUCUGUCUGUAUUCUUAUUAAACCUUCAAAUUUGUUUCAUGGUUUGUUUAAUUGCUUUCUAUGA